GCAUGCUCGAGCUGCGAUACCGGACAGUCUUCGGUAGUCCGAGUAAGCUUCGAGAUGAAAGAAAGAACGCCAUUCCAGUAGUGAGAACCUCGCCAACCAUAUUUUUUUCUUCUGCCUCACAUGUCAGUACUGGUAGGCAUUGCAACUCCAGAGCCGUACAGUAUCUCCUUCACCUCCAUUGCAUACCAAAGUCACCGAACCCAACCACCAAGAUGCCUCACAAGCACAAACGCAAGCGCGACGACAAGGACGCCUCAGAUUUCGACCUCCCACCCACCUCCCGCGCCAAAACCUUGCCUCCCAAAAAGCAAGAAACAGUAUUCACAUCUGAACCACCGACGAAAAAGCGCGAGCACAAGCGCAAGAAACCAGAUAAAGAUGAUACCCCGAAAGCCUUCGCCCGCCUGAUGGCCUUUCAAACCACCGGCAAACGCGGCCCCUCCGGUCUCGACAACGGUGACCGACCCAAGAAGAAAAAGACAAAGAACAGCAAAUCUACAUCCACAACCACUACAACCACGGCAUCAACCCCAGCACCACCAACGUCUCAAAAGACCCUCCAAAUCCUCCCAGGCGAACGCCUCUCCGAGUUCAACGCCCGCGUCGACCAAUCCCUUCCCCUAACAUCCAUCCCCAAACACAGGACCCGCACUCCUCAGAUCGCCGGCCUCGAGAAACUCAAAACACCCUUAACAAAGCACAACAAACGCUUAGCAAGGCUGCAAUCCGAAUGGCGCGCGACCGAGGCCAAGAUCCACGCAAAGCGCGAGGAAGAGCAAGAUGAUCUCGCGGACCAGAAGGAAGAAGAUGACCUGCUCUGGCUUGGAGCCGGGAUCGAUAAGGCCGCCGGCAGCGGCAAAAAGAAAAAGAAAUUGGCAAAAGACGAUGUCGAUCCGUGGAAACAGCUCGAGAAAAAGAGGAGAGAAGAAGGGGAUUUGGGAAGGCAGAAGAAUCUGCAGGACGUUGUUAUAGCGCCGCCUGUGUUGAAGAGUGUGAAGAAUAUCUUCAAAGAUAAGACUGCGCCAAAUGGCGGAAUGUCCAGGGCGAUCAUGACAUGAAUAAAUGCAGUAUAGAAACGACUCGAGGUCGGUAUACAAGCAUUAGACACCCUUUCGAGCCAGCCUUACUU